AUGCCGUAUAAAAAAGUACUUGUUGCCGUGGAUCUUACUGAAGAGGCUGAGGAAGUCCUGACCGCUGCGAAAAAUGCCGCCAGUGACAACAACGCAACACUAUCAGCCUGCAGCAUCAUCCGGCCGCUGGCCCGCACCUACGGCGGCCUGGAUAUGGCCAAUGUUGUGUCCGGCAUGCCGUUUGAAGAAGAAAUGCGCACGCAAGCAAACGGCAAGCUGAUCAAACUCGGUGAGGAGUUUGGCAUCAAAUCCAGUGACGCCUAUGUUCGCAUGGGCUCCCCUGCCGCAGAAAUUCGCGCGCUGGCGGAAGAACUUGAAGCGGAUUUGAUCGUCAUCGGCACACAUGGACGUCAAGGCCUGGGUCUACUGCUUGGUUCAACAGCCAACGCAGUGCUCCAUGGCGUUGGCUGCGAUGUGCUGGUGGUGAAAAUUCACCCUGAAGAUGCACACGUGACGGUCGAAGAACCCACCUACGACUUAGGUGUCGUACGCUAUUUUGCUAUUGCCACCAUAGUCUGGGGCAUUGUCGGCAUGGGGGUAGGAUUAUUAUUAGCUGGUCAACUCGCCUGGCCAGCACUCAAUUUUGAUAUUGCCUACCUCAGCUAUGGUCGCCUGCGGCCACUCCAUACUAACGCGGUGAUAUUUGCGUUUGGCGGCAGCGCGCUGAUGGCCAGCGCGUUUUACGUCGUACAACGCACCUGCUAUACCCCACUGCUGUCACGCGGCCUGGCAUGGUUUGUGUUCUGGGGAUGGCAACUCGUUAUAUUGAGCGCCGCCAUCACGCUACCGCUGGGCAUUACAACCAGUAAAGAAUACGCAGAGCUGGAAUGGCCAAUCGAUAUCCUCAUCACCCUGGUGUGGGUUGCGUUUGCCAUCUCAUUCUUCGGCACCAUCGCGAAAAGAAAGGUUGAGCACAUCUACGUGGCCAACUGGUUCUUCGGCGCGUUGAUUAUCGGUGUUGCCAUUCUGCAUAUUUUCAAUUCUCUGGCCAUACCCGUGAGCAUGACCAAGAGCUACUCGAUCUACUCGGGUUCUGUCGACGCCAUGGUGCAAUGGUGGUACGGACACAAUGCAGUGGGCUUUUUCCUGACCGCUGGCUUUCUCGGCAUCAUGUACUACUUUGUGCCGAAACAGGCAGGUCGACCGGUUUAUUCGUAUCGUCUAUCUAUCGUGCAUUUCUGGGCGCUCAUCGCCAUUUAUGUCUGGGCUGGCCCUCACCAUCUACACUACACCUCUCUACCUGACUGGGCACAGAGCCUGGGCAUGGCCAUGUCUUUAGUACUGCUGGCUCCUUCAUGGGGUGGCAUGAUCAAUGGCAUCAUGACGCUGUCUGGCGCAUGGGACAAACUGCGCACUGAUCCGAUCAUCAAAUUCCUGAUCGUCUCCAUAUCGUUUUACGGUAUGUCCACCUUCGAAGGCCCGAUGAUGUCGAUUAAGACCAUCAAUGCCUUAUCGCACAACACCGACUGGACCAUUGGCCAUGUGCACUCUGGUGCGCUGGGCUGGGUUGCCAUGGUCAGCAUGGGUGCAAUGUAUCACCUGAUCCCGAUUCUGUUUGGCCGCAAAGCAGGGGAAAUGUACAGCAUCAAACUGAUCAACUUACAUUUCUGGCUGGCGACUUUAGGCACCGUUAUAUAUAUCGCUUCCAUGUGGGUUAACGGCCUCUUGCAGGGCCUGAUGUGGCGAGCCACCAGUAUCGACGGCACCUUGACCUACAGUUUCGCCGAAGCAGUAGAGGCGAGCUACCCCGGCUACUACGCACGCUUCGUCGGCGGCGCCAUCUUCUUCAUCGGUAUGUGUGUUAUGGCCUUCAACGUCUAUAUGACCACGCAAGGCAAAACCCGGGAUGAGACUGACCAGCAACAGCAGGAGGCGCGUGACAUGAAACAUGAAAAGAUUGAAACCCGCGUUGGCCUGUUGAUUGGUUUAACUCUAUUUGCUGUCAGCGUUGGUGGCAUGAUCGAGAUCUUUCCUCUGGUGUUCGACGGCAGCACCAAACCGACAGAUACCGUUAAGCCUUACAGCGCACUGACAUUGGAAGGCCGCGACAUAUAUAUCCGCGAAGGUUGUGUCGGCUGCCAUACGCAAAUGGUCAGAACCCUGCGUUCGGAAACCCAGCGUUACGGGCACUACUCAGUUGCUGGCGAAGACGUUUACGAGCGCCCGUUCCUGUGGGGCUCUAAACGCACAGGUCCUGAUCUGGCCCGAGUUGGCGGACGUUACAGUGAUGACUGGCACGCAGCACACCUGGCGGACCCGCGCAGUGUUGUUCGGGUAUCCAACAUGCCGGGCUACCCCUGGUUGUUUACCAACACGCUCAGUGGCGAGGACACGGCGGCUAAGAUGCGGGCACUCAAAGCGCUGGGUACACCAUAUACCGACGCGGAAAUUGACGGCGCACAGGCGGCAGUUGCCGGACGCACGGAAGCCCAGGCCCUCAUCGCUUAUCUACAGACUUUAGGUGUGGAUAUGCGUAACUACCAAGCGCCCGCAAGCACAUCAGGAGAAUAA